CUCAUCUUCACUUGUCAAUGAAACAUCAAAAAACCAGCAAGGGCGCAUUCCUGUACGCGCGCACACGACUUCUUUCCUGCAACGUGAACGCGGCCAACUGGAGCAGAGGGGGGCUCAAUUUGGACAUUAGAAGACUGGAUCUGGAGAUGGGAUCUGCUGACGGCGGGGGGAGCAAACUCCACCCAGCAGAUAGGAUCUCAGGCAGGCGGAGCGGAGGGCAGCCUGUGUCCAGAGGGCUCGGGCUGGUUGGUCUGGACGCGCUUAACAAGUCCCGCAGAGAACUUGUGAGGGGCAAAGUCCGGGAGCGUGAGCGUGGAGGGGACGCGGUGUGGAAGUUAGUGUGUGAGAGGCAACUUAAAACGCAUGUUGUUUUAAACAGAAAUGCUCCAAAGAUGGCGGUGGUAAUCGCGACGGGCGCUUCGGGAUCCUCCGGAGUGCCAAAAAGUGGAUUUGUGGAGGUUUUGGUGCGGGAGAGCUGGCACAAAGUUUUGGUCAACUUGAACGAGGAAGCGCUCACGUUGAGCUGCGAGGAGAGCAGCGUCAGCGACAAUGUCAACUCUAACGGCGUCUCUCACGGAUCCUACCUUGACAACAGCAACACGAACUCCAACAACGGCCCCCAAACUGUGCGCACCGCGUUCACGGACCUCCCGGAGCGAGUGCCCGAGGCGAUCGCCAACAGAAAGCGGUGCGUCAAGGUGACCAAGCAGGAGAUCGGGGGGCUGGGGAUCAGCAUCAAGGGCGGCAAGGAGAAUAAAAUGCCCAUCCUCAUCAGUAAGAUAUUCAAGGGGCUUGCAGCGGACCAGACCCAGACUCUUUACGUCGGGGACGCUAUCCUGUCCGUGAACGGCAUGAACCUGCGGGACGCGACCCACGACGAGGCUGUGCAGGCGCUGAAACGUGCCGGGAAAGAGGUGACACUGGAAGUCAAGUACAUGCGUGAGGCCACGCCGUACGUCAAAAAGGGCUCCCCCGUGUCCGAGAUCAGCUGGGAAACGCCCCCUCCUGACUCUCCCCGCAUCGGCAGCCCUGCCAUCACCUCCUCCUCCUCCUCCGCCCCGUCUGACUCCCCGAGCUCCCCUACCAUGCCCUCCCUCUCCCUCCAAGGUGACAGAAGGUGCAUACCACUGAAGAUGUGUCAUGUUACCCGAGCAAUGACCACACCAGACCCCGAGAACAGACAACUGGAGCUACACUCUCCUGACGCCAGACACACUGUGGUGCUGCGGUGCCCAGACCAACCCUCUGCCCUGUCUUGGUUCUCUGCCAUUCACUUUGUCACAUCCACACUUACACAGCGGGCCCUGGCAGAGGUUAUCCAGAAUACAGCCAGGAUAGGUGUUGGCAGCAAAGAGAUACGACACCUGGGAUGGCUGGCGGGGAAGACAGAGAGUGAGAAGCAGAGCUGGAGGCCCGUGCUGGUGGCCGUGACAGAGAAGGACCUGCUGCUCUACGACAGUUUACCUCGAGGCAAAGAGGCCUGGCAGGAGCCAGCACACACAUAUCCACUGUUAGCAACACGCCUGGUUCACUCUGGUCCUGACCUGGGGUCUCCUCACUCUGGCACCGAGCUGUUCUUUGCCACUAGGACUGGCACACGACUCGGCAUCGAGACGUACCUGUUCCGGGUGGAGACAAACAAGGACCUGUCCCUGUGGACCAGACACAUAGUCAACGGAUGCCACGCCUCAGCUGAGAUGAUCAAAGAAGUCAGUACAAGUUGUAGGUACCAAGGUCAGGAGUGUCGGCUGGUGAUUCACUAUGAACAGGGUUUCUCUGUGCAUGCUGACCCCACACUGGAAGACUGGGAGAACGGAGACGAGAGAAGAGCUCUCACUCCUACAAAACCCAAAGUGCUGCUCUCCUACCCCUACGAAAAACUAAAGACGUCGUCAGACGAUGGAGUUCGCAUGCUGCUCCUUGACUUUGGAGGGAAGGAGGGAGAGAUUCAACUGGACCUUCACUCGUGUCCAAAGCCUAUCGUCUUCAUCCUCCACUCCUUCCUCUCAGCUAAGAUCUCCCGCCUGGGUCUGGUGGCCUGACAGCUUCUCUAAAGAGACACUUUUGGCUCCUUCUCAAAAUCGAAAUCCCACCUUGUUUCCUCACCUGUCUGCAGAACACAAUGUUUAACUCCUUCAGUUGAGUUGAGGACCCAAGCUGAGUGAAUGUAGCUUCUUUCUGAAAAUUGACCUUUCUCAGGUCUCCAACUCUAGAUUAAAGAAACACUGGAGAAGCCAAUCUAAAUUGGUUUUCCUUUGAGUGAAAUAGACAGGUUUUGUUUCUUUUCCUUUUGGACAACCCCCUCUGUUAAAGGGCUGCAUGGACUGACGUGUUAACUGAAGAACCACAUUAGAAAUAAGAUGAUUUAGAGGGACACACCAAAGGGAGCCGAUUGGGCAUUAGUGCCAUGUCCGGGACUGGAGGAACAAGUGCAACAGGGCUUGAUACAAGUUCACUUUUAAUUCAGUCAUUUAUAUAAUUUAUUCACCAUUAGCUCUGAAAGCACACACUGAAUUUCACUGGUGAUUUUUUUUUUCUUCCCCAAAAACUGACAGCUACACAGAGGAAAAACAUUUGUCAUACAUUUGUCUUCCUUAGUGUCUCACGAGAUGUCUUGUUAGAAGUGCCAGUAUUCAUCAUAGAACCUGGAGGCCACAUUUAGUGACACAUUGGAAUCAAAAUUAAAUAGUCGCAGUGUUCUUUUAACAGGUUUCAUAUGGUGACCAUCUGGGGGUAUUUCAGUGUUUGACUGAGUUGACAGUGAUGUCAGCUAUAAUGACUUAAUAUAAAUAUACAUAUAUAUAUUUAUAUAAUUUCAAUUCUCUGGCCCGUUUAUCACUCAAUACAGGAAAAAGCAAAUCUCCAGUGAAAACAGUAUUACAUAUACAAGGAGGUUUAUGAUCUGGAUUUAUAUAAUACUGCUUUAACAACAGUACUGAACAAAAGUCUCACCAGCUUUGUGGUUAUUUGUCUGUCACAUUCUGUGAUUAUUGACAUUUUGAUUGAUAUGACUGAAAUUCGGUCUUGUGUAUUAGCAUGGAUUUAACUUAAGUGCAUAUGUCUUGAAUAAACCUGACAAAAUAUACCUUUUUCACAGCAGAUAUUUUUCCAAAUUAAAUGGUAGGACAAACACAUGUUGCACUCCAGGUUUAAGACAGCCUCCCUUGUGUUUUUGUAUUAGGUCACACUAAAUACUUCAAUAGCUCCCACUUUAACCUCUAGGAGCAGUUGUUGUUUUUUGUCUGUGUCAUUUUAAAAUGGCAUUCAUAUGUCCUGUAUUUUCUGGAAGUGUUUCGAUAACGUGACUCGAGAAAUAAUUAUAUUGCAUGGUCAUUACAGCAUUGCUAAAUCUAAUGGUCUAAAGACUUUUGCACAGUACUGUUUAUAAUUUAGUAUUAUUUGAAAUACACAUCUUUGACCUAAUAAUAGAAGGUAGUGUUGAGAAUUUUUCGGAACAUUCACUUUAUUACUUUCUUGCUGAGAGCUAGAUGACCCUCUGUAUGAAGCUAACGCCACUAGCCGCUCAUUAGCUUAGCUUAGCAUGACGACUGUCCACACUGGCAUUCAGUUUAAUCCCUUUGCUGCUAUUUCUGGAUGUAAUCAUCUUCCUCACUGAGACAAUAUCUGCUACAAGUCAUUUUGAUUUAGUAAUUCUUAAUAUUCAUACUGAGGACUGGAAAUGAAUCACAUGGUGCCACAGUCAGACAAUGAUGACAGUAAGGUAACCACCAUCUUGAAGCAGCCAUUGUUUUGUUAGAUAUAAUCCCACAGACCAAUUCUGUUUACUGCUCUGUGGCUGACAUGACCUGCUGUCAGGUCUUUUCUUGUGCCUUCAGAUGACUGAGAGAAAAGAAUAAACAUUUUAGUUUUUAAAGAAAUGAACAAGAGCGAGACAGUGUGACUUCUAUUAUGGCUACAUUAGCUUGAAACCUUUUGUUUGCGCAUUUCUUUUAUUUAACAUAAUUCCAAUGAACAUUUUACACACACACUGUGAACAAUGAUGCACACUUUUUAAUCCUGCCACACUGUAAAAGAAACCCAAUCCUUUUUUUUUUGUUGAUACUAAAUGAUGGCAUUGUAACACACGAAGAAUCGAGUAUUACCAUACAACCUCAAGUAGAGAGAAGCACUUUGAGUAAAGGCUGCUUUGAUGUGUACUCUGAUGCCUUCGGCAGCUAUACUGUACUGUCACUCAGAAUGAUAAAGUUUAGUUUUUAACUCAGAUUGUGCACAUAAAUCAUGUAUUUAUCAAAAGUGA